AUGGCAACUUCCAGAUGUUAUUUCGCUCUGGGAAAUGAUCGUUAUGUGCAGGUAAAUGAAUGGAAAGGAGAAAUGAGAGUUGACAUUAGGGAGUGGCAAGGCGACAAACCAACUAAGAAAGGUAUCAGUUUAACGUUAAUGCGAUGGAAGAAUUUUGUAGAUCAACUAACCUAUGCGGAUAAGGUGUUACAAGAUAAACAGUCCUAUUGGAGUCACCUUGGAGGUAAUGUUUAUUGUAACAUAACAGAAAACAGUGUAUGCGUGGACAUAAGGCAGCAUUGGAAGCCAGAAAAUGAAGUGGUACCGACAAAGAAAGGCAUAUGUUUACGACCAAAAAGUAUGUCUGUUUGA